AUGGCACCAACGCUUUCAAUUGAAUCUUACAAGCUCAAACAAAAAGUGGAUGCAGUUAAAGCGCGAAAUUGUCGAGUAGCUUCUGCCACUUUGAAAUCAAAAGAUUCUUAUACCACGAAUCAGCGACAGUAUCUCAAUGCUUGCAUCGAAGCAAACGCAGAUCCAGAUCCAAAGUUAUUGUCAGCUUUGCAAAAGGCGCAAUUUGUUCUCAAAAUUGAUCGAUUUGGAAAAGACGAGCUUGCUUUCAACAUGAAGUUCCUUCAGAGGACGAAAAAUUGGUCAGAGAUAAGACUUUCGCUUGGCUCUGUGGCGACAAGUCGGAGCUUAAGGACUAAAUUUGAUCGUUUGGGCCUUAGCAGAGCGUACGCGUAUGAAAAGGAAGGGGCAGCACUCGUUGUGAGGUCUGCCUGUGCAUCAGCCUAUAAAACAUCAUCUUUGAUGCGCUUUCACCUUAUUGGUGUAAGGAUAUCUCCUGCGGUUGUGUCACUUUUGUCCAACGCUUUUGAGCACUGUCGCCAAAUUGAAGACAUAAGCUUGAGCGGCUCAAACAUAAGUGAUAAAGGGUUAGAAGCUAUAGCAAUCGCGAUCGGAAGGUGUCCAAAAUUAAAGAUGAUUUCCUUGGCUGGCUGCAGUCUUACCAACAAUUCUAAGGAACCUAUCACCAAAAUUAUCGCUCUUCACGGUGUUAUCAAAGACGAAGCAGAAUGGAGCUCAAGCUUACGCAAUCAAAUGAUUCCUGCUGUAUCAUCACCCGACCUGCUACUAGAUUUAUCUCGCAACGAUCUUGGUGAUGAAACUGCUGAAGCAAUAUGCGACGGACUUUCUAGCGACAAGUGGUUGCUUGGCCUAAAUCUUGGAGCAAACAAUCUGUCACAGAACGGAAUGGAAGUGUUUAAUGAAACCUUGAAAAAGCGCAACCACACACUUGCUGUCCUUGCUCUGAAAGAAAUGAAGGAGCCAGUGAGAGCAAACACAAUCACUGAAUUCAAAGCAAUUUUGUACGACCGCAAUCGCUAUCUUCAACAAGUUGCCAUGGAAUCGCGUGAAAGACGUAUGACGCUAGGAGCUUUGUUACUGGAUUGGGGGGUCGACAAAGACACGAUUAUUGAAGUCUGUUAUCUUGAGGCACCAAAUCAGGAGUUUCGAACACAAAGAUUCGCUCCUAAGAUGGCGUUUAAGAAAUACAAUUUAGUCUCUCCAAAAGACAAGGUGGAUCGCGGUUGUCCCCGAUCCUUUGUUGGCAACCACAACAACACAUGUGUAUCGUUAAAUGACAGUAGCAAUCAAAUCGAGGCAGAAGAGAAUAGUAAUGAUGGAGCCGCUUGUACGUCCCAAAGUCAUGUAAAUACGAUAGAGUAUCUAAUCGAGCGAUUGAGUUCUCUUGAAAAUGAGAAAAGAAAAAUGCACAAAUACGUUAUUAAGAUCGAGACCGAAAAUGAACAGCUUCGAGCAAAGCUGGAAACUCGAACCAAUGCAAUGCCAGAACCAGGCAUAUCAACGAUCGAAGCACAAAUCAUUGCGCAGCUCGAGAACUCGAUUAGCUCUCUUGCCGAACAAGUUGAAUUGAUAGAAUACAAACAGCAGAAGUAG